CGCUGUUAAAACUACAGUUCGUUUUUAGGGGCGGGUAAAUCUGAAAUCGAUGAUCAUAAUAAUGGCACAGGAGUCUCCGCGAAAUAUUGUACAGACCAAACCGAAGAAAGUGGAAAAUGACUGUUUGCUCUGUGGUAGGGAAUUCUAUCCAUCCAAAUGUAACAAGCACCGACUGUUUCACGGCCACAAGUCUGAAAACAAAGCGGAUCAUGCGGUCGUGCUGGAGGAAUUAGUUGGCAAACUUCAGGACACGACUCUGGCCAUCUGCAGCAUAUGCAGAACUCUGUUACUGAGGUACGACCGCGUGUCCAAAGAUGCAGAACGAAUAAAAUGGCUUAUUAAAGAUACGUGGAGGAAGGUGAGAGAGAAACGAUGUGCGGAGUCAACACCUUCACUGGAGGUGAAGAAGAGACGACGAGAAGUGAUGGACGCAGAAGCAGAUGAUGAUGAAAAAAACACCGCAUCCUCCUCACUACAGUCCACAGACUGCGCUGCUGCUAAGGAGAAACUCAAAACUGCAUUAAAACCUUUGCAGCUGAAGUUGAGAAUAUUUCAGGAGUUUCAAAAGACUUCGCUUCAAACUGCAGAACAUAUUAAGUUUCAGGCUCAAUACACAGAGGGACGGAUCAAGGAGGAGUUUGUGAAACUUCGCCAGAGUUUGUGUAAUGAAGAGGCAGCCAGGAAAAAAGCUCUGAGAGAGGAAGAAGAGCAAAAGAGCCAGAUACUGAGGAAUAAGAUUGAGAAGAUGAGCAAAGAGAUGUAUUCUCUUUCUGCCACAAUCACAGCUAUAGAGGAGGAGAUGAAAGCUGAAGAUGCUUUAUUCCUACAAAACUAUGAUGCCACUUUGAAAAGAGUUUCCCAGUGUAAACCGCCGGAUCCGGAGAACAUUUCUGGAGUUCUGAUCAAUGUGCCAAAACACCUGAGCAACCUGAAGUUUACUGUGUUGCAGAAGAUGCUGGAAACUGCUGAUAACACUUCCGUGACCUUUGACCCCAACACUGCUCAUUGUAAUCUCAUCCUGUCUGAUGACCUGACCAGUGUGAGGUACAGCGAUGAGGAACAGACACUUCCUGAAAAUCCAGAGCGAUUCGACAUGUUUGCAUGUGUUCUGGGCUCAGAGGGUUUUGACUCUGGCUCUCACUGCUGGGACGUUGAAGUCGGAGACAGUACAGGCUGGUUCCUCGGAGUGAUGACCGAAUCUGCUCAGAGGAGGAAUAAAAUAUUCUCAAGGAGUGGAAUCUGGCUGGUGGGUCAUUUCUGUGGUGAAUAUAAAGCACAUGAAUCACCACAAUCACCGACUCCCCUCCCUGUGAAAGAGAAACUGCAGAGGAUCAGAGUUCAGCUGGACUGGGACAGUGGAACGCUGUCAUUCUCUGACCCUCUUACUGACACACACAUACACUCUUUUACACACACAUUCACUGAAAGAUUAUUUCCAUUUUUUGGUGUUGGCUGUAACAUUUCUCCUCUGCUCAUUUUACCUGUAAAUUCUUCAGUAAAAAACAACUCACUGUAGAUUAAAUUAUUAACCUUAACACCCA